GAAGUAGAAUUUCAACCCCUUUAGCUACGCCCCUGUACCACCUGUUGUUGUUUUGUUUGCGGUGCAAACUGUUAUCAAACCGCAAACAGAUAACAUUUAAUUGCAGCAAUAUGAGAAAAGCCAGCAACAUCAUGCGUUUAGUGCUACUGCAAUUAAGAGGUUCGAAGGACAAGGUGGCCAAUGUCCAAAAUGCUGCUAGUAAAAUCGAGGCAGCGGUCAAGGAGCACAAGCCCCGAUUGAUCACCUUGCCGGAGUGCUUCAACGCUCCCUAUGGAACCAAGUACUUUAGGGAGUAUUCCGAGAGCAUCCCCGAUGGAUAUACUUCUCAGCAGCUUUCGAAUCUUGCUAAGAAACACCAGGUUUAUAUAGUGGGCGGAACAAUCCCAGAGCUUGGUGAAAACGAUGCCAUUUAUAAUACCUGUACGGUUUGGUCUCCCACUGGUGACCUGAUAGCUAAGCAUCGUAAGAUGCAUCUGUUUGAUAUCGACGUUAAGGGUGGCAUUCGUUUCAAGGAAUCGGAAACCCUCUCCGCAGGUAAUGACUUCACAACCAUUGAUAUAGAUGGACACAAGAUUGGCAUCGGCAUCUGCUACGACAUCCGUUUCGAGGAAAUGGCCAGGCUGUAUCGAAACGCUGGCUGUGAGAUGAUCAUCUAUCCAGCUGCCUUCAACAUGACCACAGGACCUCUUCAUUGGGAGCUCCUGCAGAGAGCCCGUGCCAACGACAACCAGCUUUUUGUGAUAACCACUUCACCAGCCAGAGAUACAAGCGCUGAGUAUGUGGCUUAUGGUCAUUCCAUGGUUGUGGAUCCCUGGGCCAAGGUGCAACAGAGUGCCAGCGAUGGAGAGGAGACCGUGGUUUCAGACAUAGAUUUCUCCCUGGUAGAGCAAGUGCGACAGCAGAUUCCUGUUUUUGGUCAACGACGUUUGGAUCUGUACGCUACGGAAAAGAAAUCAAAUUAAAGGAUUUCAACAAAAAUCUUUAAGCCUGAAGAUUAUUUGGCUUAAGCCACGAAAAGAAGUUAUGUUUGCAUUUAUGUUUGUUGAUUGUAUAUAAAAUUUAUGAUAACUUUACAAAA